CAACAGGUUCCUGGAGCACCCCUGAUCCAUGCGAUGGAGGAAAUUGUUCUUCAUUUCUAAACGCAGCCACACCUCCUACCUCGAUGGAGGCCACGGCGCUGCACCACAUCUGCGUGGUUGCAAAAUACCCGUAUCUGGGCACCGUCAAGACACGGUUGGAGCCCGCGCUGGGCAAAGGCGGCGCACGAGACUUUGCGGAGCUCGCCCUGAUCGAGACACUGCAAAGCUUCGUCGGUGUUGCGUUAUCCCGCCUCGUCUGGUCGUAUGCCCCAGCGGUAGCUCAAGCCGAUGUGGAGAGGCUGCUGAGGGACAACGACCUGUCACAAGACUGCGAUGCGCAGCCACAGCCCGAUGCUGGCGAUCUGGGUGAUCGACUGGCCGCCGCGGUGGCUUCUUGCUCGCGUCCAAUGAAAGCAGCUACUGGCACCUGCACUCUCGUGGGCACCGACUGCUUUGCGCUGAAGCGGGAACACGUGCACAGAGCGAUACAGCGGGUACAGGAUGGACUAGGCAAAACGGCAUAUAUGAUACCGGCCAGCGAUGGUGGCUACGUGCUCCUGACAGUGCCCCUCGGUCUAGACUCAGCCAAGGCCUUUGGAAACAUCAGAUGGUCAUGCCCGCAGACGGCGGAAGAUCAAAGUAGGCGGCUGUCGGAACUAGGACUGGACGUCGAGCUAGGCCCCACGCUCCAAGACGUCGACGAACCCGGCGAUCUUGCCUCUGUUGUCGAAGGCGACUCCACCUCGUUUCCUCGCACGCGGCAAUGGCUUGCACGGUGGUCUCUGCUGGACACUCACGGUCACGGUCAAGGAAUAGGGAAAGCAGUUCAAGGAAGGUAGAUUGUUUAAAUUAUACCAAAGUACCACCGCAGCUCGAUCCGCUGCCUGCUGUGCAUCCGUAGCAGUGCUUUGCCGUGGUGAUUGCUCUGCCGGCGAGUUCGUCGAUGGACCCGAUGGACCAGACAUCUCUCGGCACCGAGGAUAAGUUGAGGGCCGCGUUAAAGUCGCAGUCGUAGAUGGUGCC